CAGCAAUGUACCUUGGCGAAUUCCAUCUUGGUGUGGAUGUACCCCUGAUCUUCCCGGUCCAAGGAAUGGGCCAAUCAUGGGAGACGUUGGAUCUUGCUGGCCACUCAAAGACAUGGAAGGCAGCCUUUACUUUGCUCGAUUCAGUUUUGUUCCAGUGACGACAACAGGCACUCUUUGUUCUGCGCGCCACUUCCAGAACGGAAAGCCAUCACCUAACAAUUUCCACUACUGUACGACAAACAAAAAAACAACCAAUUCUUACCACGAAUUGAUCUACAACCUCCGUCAACCCCGCGACUCCAUCAGCAGCCAAAUCGAUCCAGACGGGACCUACCUCUACCUACCCACCCAAUCCUUGGUCGAUCCAAAGUUCUAGUGUAGUGUAUACUACCUCUACCACUGCAUGCAAUAACCCCUCCUGACGCCGCUGCCACGAGUCACAAUCAUCACCACCACCACCAACCAUACCACGAGCGAGCGCCACCGAGCGCCUUGCCCAUUUCAGUUCCAUCUCUCCCACUUUGUUCCAUCACCAGUCCCGAUAUCGAUCCCGAUCCCGACCCCAAUUCACCAAAAAUGCAUGCCCCAAGUCCCAGCCGGCUCCUCUCGAGCCUAGUCGCCUUCUGCGCCCUGACCGGUGCUGCCCACGCCUCCGAUGACGAAUCCUCCUCCGCGUCGCCCUCCCCAUCAUCAACAGCCACCACAACCUCCACCGUAACACCCUGCGUCGCCACCUCCACCAACGGUGCCUUCUACGACCUCCGCCCCGACAUCGCCGUUGUUCCCGAAAAGGGCGUCAAGCUCGCCCGGGGUACGCACACCCAAGACUACCAAGCCCGCGGUUACGAUUACGGAUACAACAUCACGCUCAACAUAUGCGCCCCUGUGGUGAAGGGCGUCGAGGAUGUCGUGGGAUUGACGAGCGAGGCAUGGGCCAAGGUCGGUGCCUGGUAUGAAAAGGGUGGCAAGGUAUACAGCCUAGGGCAGGAGUCGGGAGCAUUGAAGCCGAGAGGAAGGAAGCUGGUGCUGCAGUAUACAGGAGGGUCGCCGUGUGAACCACCAGAGGACGACAAGGACGACAAACGGAAACGAAGCACCGGUGUUCACCAAGGCGCUGCGUACAGCAAAUACUCGGACGACGAAGACGAAGAUCGUGAUGACGACCAGACCGACUCCGACUCCGACAAGCGGAAACACAGCAACGCAUCCAAAAAGAAAACCCGCCGCAAGUCCGCAACCAUCUCUUUCCUCUGCGACCGCUCCCCAGACACUUCCACCGCUGUCUCCUUCGUCGGCACCGACCCCGACGAAUGCUCCUAUUUUUUCGAGGUUCGCUCGCAACACGCCUGUGCCGGAGCCGAGCCACAUAAACCGGGGUCCGUGGGUCCCGGAGGAGUCUUUGCCAUCAUCUUCUUCAUUGCACUGGCGGUGUACGUCAUUGGUGGUGUUUUCUACCAACGCACCGUCGUGAAGCAAAGAGGGUGGAGGCAGUUGCCCAACUAUACUCUAUGGGCCGGUAUCUGGAGCUUUCUCAAGGACAUCUUCGUCAUCCUUACUUCGUCCUGCGCUCGCUUCUUGCCCCUGCGCCGCGGAUACCGAUCUUUGAACACGUCGUCUCGUGGCCGAUACGGUAACAACGACGACGAGAAUCGGUUGAUCGAUCAGCUUGAUGAGGAGUGGGACGAUUGAUUUCAACCUAGGCGCGGUAGUAGAAGUGGGAUAGGUAUGCUUGUGGCUCGUUUCUUCCAUGUUCUUGUCUUUCGGAGUAUCUGUUCUAUCAAUGCUUCUCUUCUGCUCGAGGCUGGUCCUUUCUUGGUCUGGCCGCUUUGUCUAUCCACAGCAUCAUUGGGCCGGUCCGGUGUUUGGUGGUAUCGAAAGACCCACGAAGCCUGUGGCACUUGAGGCACAGCGGAUAGUUUUUGGUUAUAGACUUUUGUAUACAUUUUUUCUUCCAUCGCAGUACUUCGUUCGGUGUACGAAGGGUCAGAGAUUCUGCUGCUUUGUCAUGAUGAACCCCCCCCUUUGCUACAAGGUCUCGUGCCCUGUGAUCCGGCUGCUUGUACCGGAGUUGCAGUCUUCGCGCUGGCUUUCUUGCUUUUUAUAAGCACAGCGCUAGACGCAUCCGGUCAUCGAUUCCUCCAUGCUUCCGGUUGUACUGAAAAUGUCGGA